AUGGGUGAACGAGGUCCAGACCAAUGGUUGGAGCAGAUCAGAAAAUGCAUUGCCUUGUCUGAGUCAGACAUGAAACAGUUGUGUGAGUUGGUCAAGGAGCUUCUCAUGGAAGAAUCCAACAUCCAACCCGUACAAUCCCCUGUCACUGUAUGUGGUGAUAUUCAUGGCCAGUUCCAUGACUUGUUGGAGUUGUUCAGAAUCUCUGGCGGAUUGCCACUGGAAGACAACAACACAAACUACAUAUUUUUGGGAGACUAUGUUGAUAGAGGCUACUUUUCACUAGAGACGUUUACGUUGUUGAUGGUGUUGAAAGUAAAGUUUCCUCACAGAAUUACCUUGGUUAGAGGCAAUCACGAGUCAAGACAGAUCACCCAGGUGUAUGGUUUCUAUGAGGAGUGCUUGACCAAAUAUGGAUCAACAACUGUGUGGAAAUACUGCUGUCAAGUAUUUGACUUCUUGACCUUAGCUGCCAUAAUAGACGGCAAGAUCUUGUGUGUCCACGGUGGAUUAUCACCAGAAAUCAGAAUGUUGGACCAGAUCAGAGUCUUGAGCAGAGCCCAAGAAGUUCCACAUGAAGGGGGCUUCUGUGACUUGGUCUGGUCUGAUCCUGACAACGUCGACACCUGGGCAGUAUCGCCUCGUGGAGCCGGUUGGUUGUUUGGCUCGAAAGUGAGUCGAGAAUUCAACCACAUUAAUAACUUGAGUUUGAUUGCAAGAGCACAUCAGUUGGUAAUGGAAGGGUUCAGGUACCAUUUCAAAGAAAAGGAUGUCGUCACCGUAUGGUCUGCACCUAACUACUGCUACAGAUGUGGCAAUGUUGCCAGUGUCAUGCAAGUAGACGAAGACUUGGAACCAAACUUCAAGAUAUUUAGCGCCGUUCAGGACGGAGACCUUACAGUGAAGAACAAUGCCAGCAAACAACAAAGAAGUGAUUAUUUCUUAUGAGUCCACCUUCAUUUCUGAUGUAGCAAUCACCUUCAUUACUAAAUUUAUUCAUCAUUUAUUUGCAUUAUAGAAAGAAAAGUUUGUGUUUCUAAUAAUCCAAGAUCUUCAAUCUAAUCAUAUAGAGCCGAGGCCAGACUUUAUAAUCACUAUUAUCACUUUCACGCUUUAGUUUGUCUUUCUGUUACAACCUAUCGAACAGCUACUCAAUUAUGCUUACUUAGGUGUUCUUUUCUCUAUCUGUUUUAUCUCUUCGUAAUUGACAAUAAUGAAUCACGACGAAUUUUAUACGAAUAUACAUUUAAUUGUUAUCA